UGUGGAUUUUGGGUUAUUUUUUUAAAUCUGAAAAUUGAUGGGGGAAAAAAAACCCACCCCAGAGAAAACCGGGGUCCCCGGUAAUUAUACUCACAUUUUGUUAAACAUGGCAGAAGUACAAGUUUGUUUUCAUGCUAUGAGUGCGUAAAUCUUACCAUUGCCUCAAUUUUGCAUAUAAUUCUGGAUCACCAAGACCAUCAGAUGUUUUAUUUUUUACAGGUUACACUGAAUCCCAUAAAACAGUAUUUAUGGUAUGUUUUCAAGCAAAAAUAACUCUAAUGAGUUGGAGAGAAAAAGUGUUGGCAGUCAUUAAAGAAAGCAUUACCUGCCUUCCUUCCUGAGAUCUACUUAUAAAGCAUUAACAGAAUACUAAGUAGUUUUACACUUUAACCAAAGGGGUUUAAUUCUGAAAUAAGCAUGCUGCAUUACUUCAGUUUUGCUGCCAUGAAACAUUUUCAUUUUCAAUCAGGUCUUCAAUUAGCGUGGGUUAUUUUCCCUCUAUAAAUACUUUAUAUCGGUAACAUGAAACCCAAAUACUGUUUAUCCAGCUAUUAUCAUGCCCCUGAAAUCAUAGUUUUGACUCGUCUGUCAUGUAUAACUGUUAGCUCCUACUUAAUGCAUAUUUGCUUCUACAUAAAGUUAGAUUAUCAAAUUUUUUUUAAUUAAAAUCAUGUUGUUAGCUUUCACAUUUCCAUGAACUAAGUGGAUACACAUAUGUAGAUAGUGAAUGGCAGUUUUCAAAAUUACAGUGUUUUAACCCAUUUUAGUGCUUGUUAAAUACAGGUGUUUAGAAUACAAGGUGUUGGAGAAUAGGGCCAAAAUGUUGUUGAUCUAAUUGCUGGGUACUCUGUAAACUAUUAUGGAUCCAUCAGUGGAAUUGAAAUAGGAAGCCACCCCUUAGAAGCUGCUUGAGGCACACAUUUUUUGGGGUCCAGCAAUUGGGAGUAAUUCCACCAAUGCUAGUGAAAUUACACUGGUGUGAGUGAGACCAGAAUCAGGGCAUUUGCCUUCAUGUUCAUGUAAAGCACCAAAGGUCAAACUCCAAUGAUUUAAGUGUCUCAGGAUGCAGAUAAAUCUAAAGUUUUUUUUUUUUUCCUGGGAGUGAGGUACUUCAUCCUUUUAGGUCCUUUUGAAAUCCUACUUGGUACUUUUCUGUACCUUUAGGUGUUUAAAUAUUUGAUACUCAGUAAUUAAUGUUUGCCCCAACAGGUCGUAAACAUCUCUAGCACAGGGUCAGCGGGGCUUAUAUGUUGGUCUCAGCUUUCAGCUGUGCUUCAUUUCUGACUGAAUAAGUGGGGUCUGUAGUCUAAGAGGAGCAUGUGACUGAGAUGGUUCAUGGAACCAUGGGCUGAUGAUGGAAUCUGGUAUAAAAGAAGUAAUAUCCUCUGAAAGGGAAGAGAUUUGGGUGAGUUAAGGCCUAAGACCUGACUUGUCUUUCUGCAGUGACCUGGGGAAGAGGCUACCAGAAAGAGGUUACAGAGAAAAUCUGAAUAUACAGUUUUUGUAGGAAGUGAUCCUGUGAAGCAGGGGCUUUUGGAUAGGGAUGGGUAGCACUUCCUGGUUCCAGAUGCCAGGGCGCAAGCCUUUACCAGAGGCAGGGCUGUAGUAGCACUGAAGGCUGGUGUGGAACACCUGGAACCCUGAGGAUGAAACCUAGCAUGGUUAAGACUAAGCAGCUAUUUGGCCUGAGAAGCAGUGGGGGAGGAUAUAGGGAUAAAUGCUAUACUCUAAAGAUAAGGGCAUAUUUGCCCCAAUUACCCUGUUACACUCUAAAGGGAGAACUUUUUUUCUGUGACUGAAGUUUCAAAGUAUCAAAAUCCUCCAGCUACCAAAAGGAGAAUGGGAAACUGUUAAUGGAUGCUUUCUGAUGCUGAACCAGGUAAGCAACUAUGUUCUUAAUAGAUGAUUGUGCUUAUUGGAUUAUACUGUAGAUAGAGGUAGGCAACCCCCAGCACAGCUGCUAGUGUUGCACACAAAGGCAUUUUGCUUGGCAUGUGUACUUCAGGGUGAAUGGGGUAAGCUGCUUGGCCUGCACUCCUACAACAAGGCUCGGACUCCUAGCGGCUCCCCCGCUGUCUGCUCCUGGCAUACCAACGUCUUCCAAGUCGAGGUUGUGGUGUUUUUGACACUCUUCCCAAAAAUGUUACUGACCCCUGUUGUAGAUAAAUAUUUUGACUAGGAUUCAGGUCUCUGUUUCCAUAAUUCUAAAUGAGAUCAGAAUUUGGCCCUGUAGCUUCACGUACUGAACAUAACCAAUGCACUUUAACAUAGCUAUUCCAAGACACACAAGCUUGACAAAUACUGUGUGUGACUGCCUAGAAACAAUGGAAUGGUAUAAAUCCAUUUAAAAUGUUUGCAAAGCUAUUAGUGGAGCUUUUAUACUGGUCUUUAACAAAAGGUUGCAAGUAAUAUUUAUCUUGGACUGGUUGACUUAAAAUCAAAAUCUGUAACAAAUGUGAACUAAAUGAAUAUAGAAUGUUUAACCAGUAGCUAAAUAGAUAAUGUAUUGGAUUCAUUUUUUGUUGAACUAGUUUGCAGCGUGCCAGAGUACAGAUAGGGCCAAAUAUAAUUGAAAUGAAUUGCAUACAAAAUGGGUAUCUGAUGAUAAAAUAGAAGCAAAAAUACAUGCUGCUUUUCAAGUAAAGGGCUACAAUGUUUGGGAGAUUAGAAAUAAUCCACUGAUGCAUUUGCUUUGCAGGCAGACAAAUUUGCCUUCCUAUGACCAGAUAGGAAAUACCCUUUACACAUCCUCUGCAUAUGUCCUAAUAUCCCGUAUGAUCCUCAGUGUGCAGCUCUCCACCUACUCCAGCACCUGAAGACAUGAUUGAACCCAUUUUUUGUCCUAAGUAGUCCUUUAGUCAGGUCCCUAAGGACACCCUCCAUUUCUACCUGUCAGUUCAUCUCCCCUGAAUUACCAAGUGGAAUAUUCCUUGGUUCCUAAUUUCUACUUGAUUGGGAAACUUCCACUUCAGUUCAUUGCUCUUGGCUAGCAUUCAUAAACAUAAUCUUCCUGCUGUUUGGGUUUCAACAUACUGCUAGUUUCUCCAAUAAGUACUAAAGAACUUCACCUGAUGCUACAGAUGUGAGCAAGGUGAGCUUUAUAACAUGCAAUGUGAGCAUAAGAUGGACCCGGUCCAAUUUUUGGCCCUUUUUAAUUUUCUAGCAAAGGCACAUAGUGUCCAGACCAAAACCUAGCUCUGACCCAGGAUUGUUCUCAGCCAAGAUGACCUGAUAUCUGAAAACCAGGACAUUAUCAAGAUGAUCAUAGAAUAUGGUCUUGGUACAAGUCAAAGAGGGUGCAUAUAAGUGAGUUUUGGCAAAUGGGGAGAAAAAGAAUACCCAUGUAUAUCCCUCCGGGACCUUACCUACCUACCUACUCAGUGCAGAAGACAGACUGGUUUAAGCAUGCAUGCAGAGAUCAUUGGAAGGAGAGGGAAGAAGGGGCUUGUUCAUGUGACAGGACUAGCAGUAGAAGCAUGUGGUUCUUGAGGCAUAUUCCCAUCCAUCAGUUUUACUGUGGCCCCUCAGGUGAUCAGUCUGCUGUGGAUUACACAAUACAGGGGUUUAUGGCAGCAUCAUCAAAAAAAAAAAAAAAAAAGUUUAGUUCCUCAGGUGUUAUGUUUUCAGACUAACAUCUGAUGAUGUGACAGACUUGCAGGUCUGAGGGCAACAAUUUAGACUAGAAGUUCCCUCCUGGGAUAAGUUCCAUGAUGCAUCAGUGGCUAUAUUGCCUGGAAAUAGCAUAACAAAACUAGCAUGCAGUAGCAAUAAUUUAUUUUCCUGUAUUAAAAAAAAAAAAAAAGAAAAGAAAUACAAACCUUUACAUUUGACCAUGGCCUGGCCCUUUGAAGACUUAAUCCUUGUCCUGAGAUCUAAAGGUGGUUUGGUGUACUUGUAACUCCGUGUGCUCAGAAGUGUGUGGUCCAGUCAGAAAAGCUAUAAACAAACCCUCUUCCCAGGGUUAUAGAGUGCACCAGCUUUAAGUGUUUGCUAGGGUCAACAAGGUUUCUGUAAACACCACCAUAUCGCAACCAGUGCACAUGGAUCUAACGCACUGUCAAUCCAAAGCAAAAAGCUCCAUGUUCUCCUAGAUCUUUUAUAAUGUGUUUAUGUAUUUACUUCUCUGGAAGGCCAAUUUGUUUAAAUUUCUCUUCUUUGGAGUAUUUUUUUUCCAUAAAUAAGGUCACAUUUGCUACAAUCUCCUUGUUCAACAACAUCUUAAAGAAAAUGGAAACAAUAUUUUUUUUUGUAAGAGUUUUUGCAUUUGCCUUAUACAUGCACACACAUGCAUGUGAUGGAAACACUAUACAUGAAUUAAUGUAAUAAUGUACAUUGAUAUGCCAGCUUAUGACUUAGUUAACAGAAGAAUCCCAAUAAAACGCAGGUACCAGAUGAGCAUGUGUUCACAGCAGUGGUGGUGAUGCUCAUGUGAUCGUAUAUUUUUCAGUGUUCGUCAUGCCUUUUCAGUUACCUACCCUGCAUUCUGGCUGCCAAAUGAAUGCCUCCAGGACCAACUUUUAACAAUCAAAACCUUUGAGCAAAUGAUCUGUACCUGAGAUCAAGCUGGAUAACAUUCAGCACUUGAUCUGUGAUGGGACUAGAAAGGGAUUCCAGACUUGGAAAUGAGUAGUGGACACUGUGUAAUUAAGGAAGACUUCAGUUUUUCCCCCUAUAGUUUGGGAAAUGAACACAACAAAUAAUAUGUGGAUAUAUUUGGACAGGUUAUCUGAUAGUGACCAUUUGACAGAAAGAUCUAUUUUAGCACUAGUUUUAGUGAGCAGUGUGAACUUUAUAGAAAAAUUGAUUGUGGAAAAGAAUUGAGGAUUGAACAAUCGGGAGUUGAUUUGAUUUAGUUUAAAUUGCAGGAGGUACAGGAGUAUGUCUGUAGUAAGGAUCUUGGACUUCAGAUGGGCUAAGCUUGAGAAGCAAAGACAAUUUAGUUAGGGAAGUCAACUGGAUUCAGGAGCUAAGGGACUUGGAUGUAGAUGUGUCGUGGAAUUACUAUUUUAAGGUAAAAGUGCAAAUGCAAUCUGGUGGUUGCUUCCCAAGUUAAGGAUGAAAACUGUAGGGAAGGGCUACAAAACUUCAUGUAAAAAGACAUUUGUCAUUAAAACAAACAGAGGAUAUACUAGAAACAGAAAAAAGAAUUGACUAGUUAGGACAGUUACCUUUCUGUGGCCAAAGAACGUAGAAAUCGAGAGAACAGCCAAAUGCUAGUUGAGUUAAACCUGGCAAAGGUUAUCAAAACAAAUAGGAAAAAAAAUUCUCUGAUCACAAAAAGAGAACCAGGAGGGAAGAAGUGGGCUACUUUAUGUAGAAGAUGAGAUUGAAGUAAAACAUUACCUCAGAUCUUGGUUCAUCCCUAGGCUGGCCUUGAUUUCUGUCUUCUGCACAGAUACAGUUGUAAUUGAAGAGGAUGGUUGGGUAGCACGUGACAAUGAAAACAUGAUUAUGGAAAUAACCAGAUCUGAGGAAGUGAAGCAGAUUAUUUACUCUCCCAAAAUCAGGAGUCUCAGAUGAUCUUGAUCCCACAAUGUUGAAAAAAACACGGUAAAUAAAAUAGCAACUACUUGAGCAAUGGACCUAUCAAUACAGGGAUUAUGCCUACUUCUGGAGCAUAUAGCAAAUGUAAUGUAUCUCUCUAACAGAGAGAGAAAAAAGAGUGACCCAGGCCUAUCAGCUUGACUUCAAUAGUAGGUGAGAUGCUUGAAAAGAUUGAAAGAGAUAACAAUCGAAGACAUGGAAGUAAACAGAAAGUUUUCCAAACAAAGUAGUGGGGACAAAAAGCCUAAAUCCCUUUAAGGUUGAACUUGGUAAGUUCCUGCUCUGGCUAGGGAGUAGAGGGGCAGGACCAUCCCUGCUCUGCUGGAGCAGAGAGCCCAGCCAAGCCAAGAGAGCAUGCUGGGAUGCUGGGGGUCUCUGGUUUAACUUAAACCAGGAAGGGGUCUGGGACAGAAAUUGCAUAAACCCGUUUGAGCUCAAUCAGUUAAGUCUGAUACUACAUUAAACCAGGUUUAUCUCAAACCAGUUUCUACCAUUUUGAAACUGGUUUAUAUGCACUGAACUUAUGUUCUCUUACAGGUUUAAGCCAGUUUCUGAUCACUUAAACUGGUUUAUGUGUAACUUCUGUCCCUAACCCUAGUGAGAGAGUUUUUCCUAAUAUCUAACCUAAAUUUCCCUUGCAACUUGAGACCCUUGUUCUAUCAUCUGCCACCACUGAAAACAAUCUAGCCCCAUCCUCUUUGGAACCACCCUUCAGUUAGCUGAAGGCUGGUAUUAAAUACCCUCGCCCCCCCCUCCCCCCUAGUCUUUUCUUCCUCAGACUAAAUAAACCAAGUGCCCUCAGCCUCUCCUCAGAAGUCUUGUCCCCCAGCCCCUUAACCAUUGUUGUUGCUCUCUGCUGGUCUCUCCAAUUUGUCCACAUCCUUUCUGUAGUGGAGGGCCCAAAGUUAGACACAGUACUCUAGCUGUGGCCCCGCUAGUGCCAAAUAGAGGGGAAUAAUCACUUUGCUCGAUCUCCUGGCAACGCUCCUACAAAUGCAGUCCAGUAUGCCAUUAACCUUCUUCUCAACAAGAGCUGUUGGCUCUUACUCGGCUUAUUGUCCACUGUAACCCCCAAGUCCUUUUCUGCAGAGCUUCUGCUUAGCCAUUUGGACCCCAGUUUGUACUAGUGCAUGGGAUUAUUCUGUCCUAAAGACAGGAUUUAGCACUUGUCCUUACUGAACUUCCUGAGAUUUCUUUUGGUCUAGUCCUCCAAUUUGUCUAAGUCUCUCUGAAUCUUAGCCCUACCCUCCAGUGCAUCUACUAUUAUCCCACCUUGGCAUCAUCUGCAAACUUGCUGAGGGUGUACUCUAUCCCAUUUUCCAGAUCAUUGAUGAAGAUAUUGAACAAAACUGGCCACAGCACCAACCCCUGGGGCACUCCACUUGAUACUGGCUGUCAACUAGACGUUGAGCCAUUGAUUAUUACACUUUGAGUCUGAGGAUCCAGCCAGUUUUCUAUUUGCCUUACAGUCCAUUUGUUCAACCUGCACUCCCUGAGCUUGCUUGCGAAAAUGUUGUGGGAGACCAUAACAAAACCCUUGCUAAAGUCAAGGUACAUAGCAUCCAUUGCUUUUCCUCUUUUCUGAAAUCCAGGGUCCUUGCUUUGUUGCUCUCUUGCCUUCCUUUCCUCAGGAUCCUGAACUCACUUAGCUCAUGGUUGCUGAUGCCCAAGUUGCCAUCCACUACUGCAUUCUCCACCAAUUUUUUCCUGUUUGUGAGCAGCAGAUCAAGAAAAGCAUAGUCCCUGGCUGGCCUCUCUAACACUUGUACCAGGAAGUUGUCCCCAGCACUCUGCAAAAACUUCCUGGAUUGCCUGUGCACUGCUGUAUUGCCCUCCCAAAAGAUCUCAGGGUGAUUUUGAAGAACCAGGGCCUCUCAUGUAGGGAGAUGUUGGGGCCCUGAAUUCUUCUUUUGUACUGACCAGGCAGAAAGGGGUGGGUAGGAUGCUUUCUGUAGUAUAAUUCAUUGGGCAGUUUCAGUCAUAUCUGCGGCAACCAGGCCUACGACCAGGAAAGAGUUUUGCUGAGCUGGACCUCACUGUAGACCUGAAAACUAAUGUGUUAGCUGUUUGAAUUAACACAAUCUCCUCUCUGACAUCACUGCAUUGUUCAGUAAGUGGGUAAUGGAGUCGUUCACUUUCUGAAAACAGGCCUCUAGGAACAAAGUCUUAUUAUAGCAAAGAAAUAUGAGCUCUAAUAAACAUUUGUUUUAAUAUUCACAUAGUUAAAAAUGUCUGAAUUAGAAUAGUUAAUUCACUGAGUCUAAAUUCAUAUUGCAUCAUAAAAUGCUGGUAUGUUUUUAGUUGCCAAAGAAAAUUACAAUUCUGUUCAGAUAAACAGGCCUGCAAUUAGAUGCCUUGUGUGUAUUUUUAGACUUGACUUGGCCUAUUAGUUCAAUCCAAUGUAGCAUUUUAUACAGAAUCAUUCAUGUAAAGUAUCUUAAACCAUUUUCUGGAGAGACUGGUUUUGAUAGAUGAAUCUGUAACAAUUCUAAAUGGAAUGUAUCAAUAUAUUGAACUCACCUGCGCACAAGUAUCACAGGUGGAAGGCAAACAUCAGAAAAUAGUGAUGCUGCUAUUAUUUGGCAUUAAAAAAUGUUGCCAUGAAAAUAUUGGCUCUAAGUGUAGGUGGAUAAUGUCGUAUGGUAAAACCACAUGCCCCCUCUCUCCAUGAGAUUUCUGACUGGCAGCAUCUGAGGUUGAGUGUUAAUAUUUUAUACCCACGAGCUGGGUAUUUUAUACUUACGGGCUGUUGAAGCCAGUGUUGAAACUUUCAGGGGCAGACUGCAGGAGUGGGAGAGGGGAAAUGAGGGAGCCACAGUGGUGCAGAAGCACCUCGCUUGUGCUGCUAUCCCCAGCUGACAUGGGUUUGGGGCUCCCCCAUGCACGUUCCAGUUGCAGGGAGUGGCUGUGGGGUGCUGGAUUCAGCAGCAUGCAGGUUCUUCCUUCCAGAGCCUGCUUGUUGCCCACGCCUCCCCCUCAAGUGUUCCUUGCUGGCUGGGAGCAGAUGCUGGAAACUGCAACCUGUGUGCCACCACUUUGUUCUUAGCUGACACGGGCAUGGAGGAAACAAAAUGACUCCACAAAGGUGUAUCAAAUCCACUAUGAUCCAGGUCCAAAAUGCACAGUUUUUCCCCCCUUAUUUCCAUUUCCCCAUGCCCAGAGUAAAACUAAAAAUUAGAGAAGUAUUUGCCUUUUUUCCCAUAGCUUUCCAUGUCUUCCAAAUAACUGGUAAUUACAGUUGGCACAUGAUAUUCAGAUGUAGGUGACUUUUGUAUUCAAGCUUUUGGUGUCCUUAGUGCACAGUAAAGCUAGGGAGAGAAUCCUGGCAUCCUAGUGCCCGGUUUUCUGCCCAAGCACUAGAUGUUCCUUUCUGUUACAAAAGCCCAGACUGUUACACAAAAAGGCGUACUUGUUUGUUAAACAAACUUUUUUGAUUCUGAUCAACCUGCACAAAAUGUGUAAUUUCAGGCCAGGUUCUUCCUGCUUCUGGGUUGUUGUUGUGUGUGGUGCUUUAGUCUAGGUUUUGGUGGUGUCUUUCUGUAGAAACCUUACAUACAUAUUCCUUAGUUUCCAUAGUUCUAAGAUCUUCCUUUAAAUCUUCCUUCUCCUGAAAUUAAAAACACUCUAAUAGAAAUCAUAAUCCCAUUCUUGUGCUUGACACACACAAUCUUUGUAGUAACUGAAGUCCAUUUACCUCUUUGAAACAAAUACUGACAUCUUUAUUAUUCACACUCUGAUUGUUUUACAGUAGAUAUUUUAUAUGGGAUCAUUUCCUUUGUGGGCUAGGAAACUCAUUCAGUUUGCACUUGUUCUAUCCACCUGUCAGGGUUAUGAUUUAUUUUUGCUUUGUUUGAUAGUCUUGUUUUAUCUUUCUGCGUCAAAGACAUGCAGGAACUGACUGAACAAGCAAAAAUCCCCAGCCACUCUUUCCUCCCACCGCAGUGACUUGAUUUUGCCAGUCAUUUUAGGCUGGCAGCAGACAAGGACUUUGCUUUCUUCUACAUCUCUCAGCAUGUUAAUAAAGGCAAAGGGCAAAAUCUGAAUGAAAGGAGAAAAAGUAAGAGACCCUUAGAAAUUUACAGAAGAGCAAUGGCGGAUUGAAGGACCUGACCUCUGAGAGAGUUAAGCCGAGCAGUUAAAGGCUCCCAAAUUUAUUUUUAUGCUUCUGAAACUUCAGAUUCCAGGCUCAACCUGCAUUUCUCCUCACAUCUUGGCUUUUUCUGGUGGAGUCAUAAUAGGCUGUGGGGGCCAGUUGCCAAAGCGCCUCUGGAAGGUAAUGUAGCUUCAUCCUUGUUUCCCAAGGAAGAUGCCAGAUCUUCUGUAUGGAGUCUUGCAUUCUCUCCUGAGCUGUUUCAUUCCUGCUGCCAAUCUGCUGGUAAUUGUGGUUGUCUACAAACUGAUGAAGAAGAAGCAGGGUACAAACUACAUCUUCAUCCUCAACCUGGCUUUUGCAGACUUGCUGGUGGGCGUAAUGUGCAUAGCAGAGGCACUGGAUGAUAUGCUGGAUGGAAACUUUGACAGGAACUUGUCUAUCUGUCUCUUGCGGAUCUGCAUGAGCCUGACACCUUGUAUUGGCUCCAUCCUCACUUUGCUCUUGAUUUCCCUUGAUAGAUACUUGGCAGUAAAGCUGCCCCUUCAUUACCCGGCCCUUUUGAACAAAAAACCCAUAGUCCUCUCACUCACUAUUCUGUGGGCCAUCUCUUUCUUGUUUGGCCAUAUGCCUUUGAUUUUCCCCUCUCUGCAGAAAAGCAACUACACGGGCUACUGUGGGCUCCUGUAUGCAGCCAAGAGUGAAUACCUGUAUGUGAUCUGCUUCGGCAUCUUCAUUCCUGUCCUGCUGAUCCUGAUCUGCCUGCAUGUCUCAGUGGGGAGGAUUGCUUACUCACAGCACAAACGGAUCUUGCGCAGCUGCUUGCAAGCAGAGCCCCUCAGAGCCCACCUCCGCCACUUCAAGGCACUGAGGACAGCUCUUAUAGUGAUCAUCUGCUUCACGCUCUCCUGGGGACCUUACUACAUGGUAGGCAUUGUGCAAGCUAUCUGUGAGUCCUGCAACUUGGCUGAGCCCCUGAAGGAUAUCUUAUUUCUGCUGGGAGAACUCAAUUCCCUUAUCAACCCCAUUAUCUAUGCACUGUAUAGUAAAGAUAUAAGAAGCCAUUUGGCCAAAUUGAUGAAAUGCAAGAAGAAAGGGCAAGUAAAUCCAUUGGCUGUCAUCCACUUUAAUAUCCAAGCCUCUGGUGGCUUAAACAAUCAAGAGGGCAAGGGGUCUGGUUCAUUGGGAGAUCAAGCUUCUGAUGUCACUUUCCCCAGCUGUUCUGGUAACUGCAAAAUAGUCUUCUCAGUAUCUUGAUUCAAAGCAGGUGAGCAGCCCACAGUCCAGCAAUGAAAGGGAACAUGGGAUGGAUAAUUUUUUAGUACACUGAGUGACAAAGAAAAACAAAAUUGAAAACCACUCCAGGUUAAGGUUUUUGGGUUUUGCCUUUCCAUGCAUAAAAUAUGAAUGAGUUGCUUGGAAAUGUGUGUGUUUGGAGAAGGGGGGAGCCGGGCAGCAGGCAGGGGGCAGUGUUACUCAAUUUUGACAAAACGGGCUUGUUUUUAAAAUCAGUCUGCUAGAAAUAAAAUGUUUUCCAUGCAUGCUGGGUUAAACCUUGAAUUGCACUGAGCCACUGUAUGUUCCCAUUUGCACCACAGCAACUCCUGUGAUGUUAUGUGUUCAGCAGCAGUUACACAUGGGAUCAUUUCCUGCACAGGCUUGCACUUACUUUAGACACCUGUCAAGGGUUAUAAUUUAUCUUUGCUUUGUUGGAUAAAGUCCUCUCUUAUCUUUCUGUGUCAGACACAUCCAACAAGUGACUGAAUCAGCUGCUCUCUGCUGCUAAGUGAAAGUGAGAUCAGAGCUGGGCUCUGUGUUUAUCAAUAUAUACUGUGCAUUAGCUAAAUGCUCUGCUGUGCUCUAAGUAUGUUUCUUUUUCUGAACUUUUCAAGUGUAGUGGUUGUUGGAAGGCAGACAAAGGUGAAUUUGAUAUCUUUUAUUAGUCCAACCCAAAUAGUUGUGGGAACGCUUUUUUGCUACCCUUUUAUCAAAUGGCUGGUUGCUCGCUUGCAUGACUUGUCUGAUUCCUUUUGUUCCCAUUGCAUGGGUAUCCAGACCAUUAAAACCACCACGGCUAUCAUUACCUAGCAACCAUGGCAGUCUUAGUGGCAGGAAAGAGUAUAAGAUAGGUACAGAAACUGACCCAUCCCUAGCCAUAACCCCUCUUAGGCAGGAGUUAGAUGGUCAUUGGAGGAACAGCUAUUGCUGCCUAGGUUAUACCAGUCUGGUGUACGGAGAACUUGGUUAAGGGACUGGAGUGGGAGAUAGGAAACUUAAACACAGUUUCUGGCUCCAAAAAAGAGAGAGAGAGAAUGUGAGAAAAUGAGUCUGUCUUGCAGCUACAAAAUGGGGAUAUUAAUGAUUCCCUUCUAAAUGAUGGUGAUUGCAGGGGAGGGCACAGUGAUGUGGGUGAACCCCCUCUUUGGAUUGGACUGCACCAUGGGGAACUUCUUAAAGCUCCUAAAGCAGGUGAAAAUCCUUCCUCGCUUUCCCUGCCUGCUCAGAUGUCCUUUCACCACCUGCUUUUCUCUGCUAUCCCAAGCCAUUCCUGCUUGCUGCAUGGGGGCUGGGCUCAGCUGCGGAGGGCACAUAAAUGGCAGCAGGGAUGCCUGUGCCUGCUGCAAUUGUGGGGAGGGUGGAACUACUUCGCUCUGUUGUCGCUGUCCUCUCUCCAGCUGGGCCAAGCGCUUACUCAGCUCAGCUGGCUCUGAAGCUUCCUCACCCCACAACAGUAGAGAAAGCAGCAGUGGCAGGCAGGGAGAGGUGAAGAGGAGAGGAGGGGGCUGCCUCUGAGCAGGAAGGGGAAGGGAAUUCCAUUUGCUUUAGGGGUUUUAAAAAGUCCCGAGAUGCUCCCACGAUGUGCUGGAGAGCCCCCGCACGGGCUGGGAGCAGAAGUAGAAGAGGCUGGGAGCAGGGGGUACACCCGCCCCUGCAAUAUAGGUUGCUGCUCCUGCACCUGUUUGGGAAAUCCUGGAUCUGUCCAUGGGAGCAAAGACAAAUCUAUAAAUUCUUGUGAAGUCUCAGCUAUUAUCAUGUUAGGGACUAUGUUGUUAUAUGUGCAGAUGAAAGAAAAAAAGGCAGGUAUCUGUCUCCCAGCUCUUUAUU